AUGGCCGGCUUUGUGACGCCCAGCGUCAAUAUCUCACUUUUUAUGAAGCGACCAGCAAACUUUGACAUUGCCAUUAAUCUGGACAAUCAAACGAGCCAGGACAACUUUAAGCUACACGAGUACUACAACUCCUCGACCAACUCUAACAGCAACGAUAGUUACCCGUUCGAGAGCGACGGGUACAGCAGCGAGGCUAGCUCAUCUGCUUUUGAUACCUCUUUUAGCAAUACCUCUGAAAUGAACUCGAGUCGGGGCAAGAAGGGCUCCGUUGUCACGUCCAAAUCUCGCAAAACGAAUCAGUCGGCGAGCACUUCUAGUCAGCAGAAGCCUAAAAAGUCAACUGGUGGCGGGCGAAAGCCAAACCGUAAUGACAAGCUCACCCCUGAGGAGGAGCAGAAGAGAGAGAAGCGACGUGAGCGCAACAAACUUGCCGCGGCCCGAUGUCGUAAGAGGCGCCUUGAUCAAACCAACACUCUUAGUGAUGAGGUAGCUCAAGAAGAGGAAAUUCACAUUGAACUUGUCAAUAAGCUAAAUGAUUGGCUCAGCAAAAUGAAAGUGCUGAAAAAUCACAUUGAAGCACACGAGAACGGCUUUGGCUGCAAGAGCAAAGGCUUGUCCCUUCCUCAAGACUUGUUUGCCUCGCUUGACCUUGAGGCAAUGGAAGAGGCGAUGAGACCUCUUGAGGAGGAUGACGAUCUCAGCGAUUUGUCCAUGGCAGUUUCAGAGCCCUCCAAAGUUGUGGUCAAAUCGGAAUCAUCUCACGGCUCAGUUUCUGGUGCCACCUCGGUCAUCGUCUCGGGCAGUAACGUCCCGGCCAAUUUAAUCAGCUUUGCAAACGCCAUCAACAUCAACAACCAGUCAACCUCCUCUGCCUCAAUCUCACCUCCACUCUCAGCCGCCGAGCAGCCCGGCACCAGUCAAAAGCGAAAGCGACCCAACUCCUUACCGGUGUCUAACCCAUUUAAGGCAGCCAGUGUGAGCGAGAGCAGCGGUGCUUUCAACUCCAAUGCCUUACAGACUCCGUCGAUGAUCUUUGGCGGCGACUGCUUUGAGGGCGGCACUGGCCUCACGCCCAUAGAGCCCACUUUGACCUCUUCUGAGCUGGCGCCCUUCACGCCUUCCACAAUGGCAGCUUUGUUCAAUUCAGUUACUGCUCCUUCGCCAAUGGAGGAGACCUCGGAUCAAAAGAAGCUCAUUAUUAUCUAA